GCUGAAACCGUUUCUGGUUUUGCUACUGAUAUUCAUUCCGCACUUUGCUAUUUGCUAUCCAUGUUUUCAAAUUAAAGUACAGCUAGCCUCACAGGGCAUCUCUUUUUCUUUUUCUUUUUUUCAUUUUCCGCAAAAUUUUGACGGAAAAAGCAAAAAGAAGAUAGCGUGAAAAUCAGAAGCAAUGGCAGCUGCCGGUGCUUGGGGAGUGGUAAUGGAAAAUAAGUUUAAUCUAUGUUGCCCUAACAACAAGACGUCGUCGAGGGUCAGAGUGGCUUCGAAGCUUGGGUUCGCCUCUUCACAAUUGAGUGGAUUCCAAUUCUUGCAUCGCCGUUCACUAAAAUUGGGCGCAACCCCAGUUUCUGCAGCGCCAUUGCUACCUGCUUCACAACCUGUUGCUCUAACAAGAGCAGUUUUAACCAGCGAUACAGAAACAAAAGUUCCUGAUAUCAAGGGCAGCGGGCUUCGUGGAAAAUUAAAUAAGGUUGUGCUAGCUUACAGCGGUGGCUUAGACUCAUCAGUAAUUGUUCCAUGGCUAAGAGAGAAUUAUGGCUGUGAUGUCGUUUGCUUCACAGCUGAUGUUGGCCAAGGUGAAAAAGAAUUUGAAGGUUUAGAAGAGAAGGCCAAAGCCAGUGGAGCCUCUCAGUUAGUAGUGAAGGAUUUGAAGGAGGAAUUUGUUCGGGAUUAUAUAUUCCCUUGCUUGCGUGCUGGUGCAAUAUAUGAGAGAAAGUAUCUUCUAGGGACUGCAAUGGCUCGCCCUCUUAUGGCAAAAACCAUGGUAGAUGUUGCAAAAGAAGUUGGAGCAGAUGGCGUGGCUCAUGGUUGUACUGGGAAAGGAAAUGAUCAGGUUCAAUUUGAGCUCACAUUCUUAGCUUUGAAUUCCAAGCUUAGUGUUGUGGCUCCAUGGAGGGAGUGGGACAUUACAGGUAGGGAAGAUGCUAUUGACUAUGCAGAGAAGCAUAAAGUGCCUGUUCCUGUGACAAAAAAGUCCAUAUACAGCAGAGACAGAAACAUUUGGCACCUUAGUCAUGAGGGUGAUAUAUUGGAAGACCUAGCAAACGAGCCGAAAAAGGAAAUGUACAUGAUAUCUGUGGAUCCAGAGGAUGCUCCAAAUCAAGCAGAAUAUGUGGAAAUUGGGAUAGAGUCAGGAUUACCUGUUUUGCUUAAUGGGAAGAGGCUUUCACCAGCAUCCUUGCUCUCUGAACUCAAUGAAAUUGGGGGAAGGCACGCUGUUGGCCGGGCCGACAUGAUCGAGAACAGGCUUGUGGGUAUGAAGGCUCGAGGAAUUUAUGAAACUCCUGGGGGAACCAUCCUUUUCACAGCAACACGUGAGUUAGAGUGUUUGACACUUGACAGAGAAACAAUCCAAGUGAAAGAUUCAUUAGCCUUGAAAUAUGCAGAGUUAGUGUAUGUGGGAAAGUGGUUUGAUCCUCUUCGAGAGUCCAUUGAUGCCUUCAUGGAGAAGAUCACAGCAACCACAACAGGUUCUGUGACAUUGAAACUAUACAAAGGCUCUAUUACUGUGACUGGCCGGAACAGCCCUUACAGCUUGUACAGGCAAGAUAUUUCAUCUUUUGAGAAUGACCCAAUCUAUGAUCAAGCUGAUGCUACUGGGUUUAUACAGAUAUAUGGCCUUACAACAAGGGUGAGAGCAAUGCUUGAGCAGGGUAUCUAAUACUUCUUUUUCUCCAAUUCUGUGUAUUUUUACUGGGAAAUACCACUGACUUCAUUGUUCUCAUAUCUAUGGUAUCUCAACUUCACAUUCAGUUCCUCUAAUGUGUUUGGCAUCAA